GGCUGGUUACGCCGAGGGAAGCCCCGACUCUGUAGUCGCUGCUCAGAGUCUGUCUCUUCGCCGGUUCCCGGCCCGGUGGAUCCUACUUCUCUGUCGCCCGCGGUUCGCCGCCCCGCUCGCCGCCGCGAUGCCGGUGUUUCAUACGCGCACGAUCGAGAGCAUCCUGGAGCCGGUGGCACAGCAGAUCUCCCACCUGGUGAUAAUGCACGAGGAGGGCGAGGUGGACGGCAAAGCCAUUCCUGACCUCACCGCGCCCGUGGCUGCCGUGCAGGCGGCCGUCAGCAACCUCGUCCGGGUUGGAAAAGAGACUGUUCAAACCACUGAGGAUCAGAUUUUAAAGAGAGAUAUGCCACCAGCGUUUAUUAAGGUGGAGAAUGCUUGCACCAAGCUUGUCCAGGCAGCUCAGAUGCUUCAGUCAGACCCUUAUUCAGUGCCUGCUCGAGACUAUCUAAUUGAUGGGUCAAGGGGCAUCCUCUCUGGAACAUCAGACCUGCUCCUUACCUUCGACGAGGCUGAGGUCCGUAAAAUUAUUAGAGUUUGCAAAGGAAUUUUGGAAUAUCUUACAGUGGCAGAGGUGGUGGAGACUAUGGAAGAUUUGGUCACUUACACAAAGAAUCUGGGGCCAGGAAUGACUAAGAUGGCCAAGAUGAUUGACGAGAGACAGCAGGAGCUGACUCACCAGGAGCACCGAGUGAUGUUGGUGAACUCAAUGAACACCGUGAAAGAGUUGCUGCCAGUUCUCAUUUCAGCUAUGAAGAUUUUUGUAACAACUAAAAACUCAAAAAACCAAGGCAUAGAGGAAGCUUUAAAAAAUCGCAAUUUUACUGUAGAAAAAAUGAGUGCUGAAAUUAAUGAGAUAAUUCGUGUGUUACAACUCACCUCUUGGGAUGAAGAUGCCUGGGCCAGCAAGGACACUGAAGCCAUGAAGAGAGCAUUGGCCUCCAUAGACUCCAAACUGAACCAGGCCAAAGGUUGGCUCCAUGACCCUAGUGCCUUCCCAGGGGAUGCUGGUGAGCAGGCCAUCAGACAGAUCUUAGAUGAAGCUGGAAAAGUUGGUGAACUCUGUGCAGGCAAAGAACGCAGGGAGAUUCUGGGAACCUGCAAAAUGCUAGGGCAGAUGACUGAUCAAGUGGCUGACCUCCGUGCCAGAGGACAAGGAUCCUCACCGGUGGCCAUGCAGAAAGCUCAGCAGGUAUCUCAGGGUCUUGAUGUGCUCACAGCAAAAGUGGAAAAUGCAGCUCGCAAGCUGGAAGCCAUGACCAACUCAAAGCAGAGCAUUGCUAAGAAGAUUGAUGCUGCUCAGAACUGGCUUGCAGAUCCAAAUGGUGGACCGGAAGGAGAAGAGCAGAUUCGAGGGGCUUUGGCUGAAGCUCGGAAAAUAGCAGAAUUAUGUGAUGAUCCUAAAGAAAGAGAUGACAUUCUACGUUCCCUUGGAGAAAUAUCUGCUCUGACUUCUAAAUUAGCAGAUCUGCGAAGACAGGGGAAAGGAGAUUCCCCAGAGGCUCGAGCCUUGGCCAAACAGGUGGCCACAGCCCUGCAGAACCUGCAGACCAAAACCAACCGGGCUGUGGCCAACAGCAGACCCGCUAAAGCAGCUGUACACCUUGAGGGCAAGAUUGAGCAAGCACAGCGGUGGAUUGAUAAUCCCACAGUGGAUGACCGUGGAGUCGGUCAGGCUGCCAUCCGGGGGCUUGUGGCUGAAGGGCAUCGUCUGGCUAAUGUAAUGAUGGGGCCUUAUCGGCAAGAUCUUCUCGCCAAGUGUGACCGAGUGGACCAGCUGACAGCCCAGCUGGCUGACCUGGCUGCCAGAGGGGAAGGGGAGAGUCCUCAGGCGCGAGCACUUGCAUCUCAGCUCCAAGACUCCUUAAAGGAUCUAAAAGCUCGGAUGCAGGAGGCCAUGACUCAGGAAGUGUCAGAUGUUUUCAGUGAUACCACAACUCCCAUCAAGCUGUUGGCAGUGGCAGCCACGGCCCCUCCUGAUGCACCUAACAGGGAAGAGGUAUUUGAUGAGAGGGCAGCUAACUUUGAAAACCAUUCAGGAAAGCUUGGUGCCACGGCUGAGAAGGCAGCUGCGGUUGGUACUGCUAAUAAAUCAACAGUGGAAGGCAUUCAGGCCUCAGUGAAGACGGCCCGAGAACUCACACCCCAGGUGGUCUCGGCUGCUCGUAUCUUACUUAGGAACCCUGGAAAUCAAGCUGCUUAUGAACAUUUUGAGACCAUGAAGAACCAGUGGAUCGAUAAUGUUGAAAAAAUGACAGGGCUGGUGGACGAAGCCAUUGAUACCAAAUCUCUGUUGGAUGCUUCAGAAGAAGCAAUUAAAAAAGACCUGGACAAGUGCAAGGUAGCUAUGGCCAACAUUCAGCCUCAGAUGCUGGUUGCUGGGGCAACCAGCAUUGCUCGUCGGGCCAACCGGAUCCUGCUGGUGGCUAAGAGGGAGGUGGAGAAUUCCGAGGAUCCCAAGUUCCGUGAGGCUGUGAAAGCUGCCUCUGAUGAGCUGAGCAAAACCAUCUCCCCAAUGGUGAUGGAUGCAAAAGCUGUGGCUGGAAACAUUUCUGACCCUGGACUGCAAAAGAGCUUCCUGGACUCGGGAUAUCGGAUCCUGGGAGCCGUGGCCAAGGUCAGAGAAGCCUUCCAACCUCAGGAGCCUGACUUCCCGCCUCCUCCACCAGACCUUGAACAACUCCGACUAACAGAUGAGCUUGCUCCUCCCAAACCACCUCUGCCUGAAGGUGAGGUCCCUCCACCUAGGCCCCCACCACCAGAGGAAAAGGAUGAAGAGUUCCCUGAGCAGAAGGCCGGGGAGGUGAUUAACCAGCCAAUGAUGAUGGCUGCCAGACAGCUCCAUGAUGAAGCUCGCAAAUGGUCCAGCAAGCCGGGCAUCCCAGCCGCUGAGGUGGGUAUAGGUGUUGUAGCUGAGGCAGAUGCGGCCGAUGCUGCUGGGUUCCCUGUCCCCCCUGACAUGGAAGACGAUUACGAACCUGAGCUGCUGUUAAUGCCAUCCAAUCAGCCGGUCAACCAGCCCAUUCUGGCCGCGGCUCAGUCCUUGCAUCGGGAAGCUACCAAGUGGUCUAGUAAGGGCAAUGACAUCAUUGCAGCAGCCAAGCGCAUGGCUCUGCUGAUGGCUGAGAUGUCUCGGCUGGUAAGAGGGGGCAGUGGUACCAAGCGGGCGCUCAUUCAGUGUGCCAAGGACAUCGCCAAGGCCUCAGACGAGGUGACUCGGUUGGCCAAGGAGGUUGCCAAGCAGUGCACAGAUAAACGGAUUAGAACCAACCUCUUACAGGUAUGUGAGCGAAUACCAACCAUAAGCACCCAGCUCAAAAUCCUGUCCACAGUGAAGGCCACCAUGCUGGGCCGGACCAACAUCAGUGAUGAGGAGUCGGAGCAGGCCACAGAGAUGCUGGUUCACAAUGCCCAGAACCUCAUGCAGUCUGUGAAGGAGACUGUGCGGGAAGCAGAAGCUGCUUCAAUCAAAAUUCGAACAGAUGCUGGAUUUACACUGCGCUGGGUUAGAAAGACUCCCUGGUACCAGUAGGCACCUGGCUGAGCCUGGCUGACACGGAAACAUCUAUUAAAAAGAAGGAAAAUGAUCUGAGUCCCAGGAGCUGCCCAGAGUUGCUGGGAGCUGAAAAUCACAUCCUGGCCUGACACAUCAGAAAGGAAUGGGGGCCUCUUCAAAUUAGAAAACAUUUAUACUCUUUUUUCAUGGACACUUUGAAAUGUGUUUCUGUAUAAACCCUGUAUUCUCAAACACAGUUAUACUUGUGCACCCUCUAUCCCAAUAGGCAGACUGGGUUACUAGCCCAUGGACUUCACAUAAGCUCAGAAUCCAAGUGAACACUAGCCAGACACCCUGCUCUGCCCCCUUGUUCCCUAGGGGACACUUCCCUCUAUUUCUCUUUCCUUGGCUCCCAUUCACUCUUCCAGACUCCUGAGACCCAGGGCCCAGGCAAGUCAGUUACUAAGAGGAAAAUUGCUGUGCCUCCAAAAAUUGUUUUGAGCUUUCCAUGUUGCUGCCAACCAUGCCUGCCUUCCCCGGGCUGUGCUACCUGGGUCCUUUUCAGAAGUGAGCUUCGCUGCUACAGGGGAAGGUUGCCUCUGUGGAGCCCCAGCAUAUGGGGCCGGGAUUCAUUUUCUGCCCUUCCUCAGUUUAAUCCUUUUAGUUUCCCACAAUAUAAAACCGUAUUUCACUGUCAGGAAGAAAUCACAGAAUCAUGAUUUUGCCUUUACCAUGCCCCUGAGCAAUGUCUGUGCUAGGGAAACUUCCCAUCCCAUAUCCUGCCUCAGCCCGCCAAGGUAGCCAUCCCAUGAACACACUGUGUCCUGGUGCUCUCUCCUGCUGGAAGGGCAGAGUAGCCAGGGUGUGGCCCUGCCAUCUUCUCAGCAGGGCCACUCCCGGCACUCCAUGCUUAGUCACUGCCUGCAGAGGUCUGUGCUGAGGCCUUAUCAUUCAUUCUUAGCUCUUAAUUGUUCAUUUUGAGCUGAAAUGCUGCAUUUUAAUUUUAACCAAAACAUGUCUCCUAUCCUGGUUUUUGUAGCCUUCCUCCACACCCUUUCUAAACAAGAUUUUAAAGACAUGUAGGUGUUUGUUCACCUGUAACUCUAAAAGAUCCUUUUUAUCCUUUUAAAAUUCAGUCUUAAGAAUGAGUGCUUGUCCCCUAAUAGUGUUUAAUGGCAAGGCAGCCUUGUCUGAAGGACACCUCCUGCCUAAAGGAGAGUGGUAUUUGCAGACUAGAAUUCUAGUGCUGCUGAAGAUGAAUCAAUGGAAAAUACUACUCCUGUAAUUCCCACCUCCCUGCAACCAACUACAACCAAGCUCUCUGCAUCUACUCCCAAGUACGGGGUUCAAGAGAGUAAUGGGUUUCAUAUUUCUUAUCACCACACUAAGUUCCCACUAGGCAAAAUGAGAGGGCAAUGUUUCCUUUUUGGUACUUACUACUGCUAAGUAUUUCCCAGCAUGUGAAACCUUAUUUUUCUCCAAAGCCAGAACCAGAUGAGUAAAGGAGUAAGAACCCUUGCCUGAACAUCCUUCCGUCUCACCCAUCACUGUGUGUUAGUUCCCAACAUCGAAUGUGUAAAACUUAAGUUGGUCCUGUACACUCAGGCUUUCACUAUUUCCUUUAAAAUGAGGAUGAUUAUUUUCAAGGCCGUCAGCAUAUUUGUAUAGUUGCUUGCCUGAUAUAAAUGCAAUAUUAAUGCCUUUAAAGUAUGAAUCUAUGCCAAAGAUCACUUGUUGUUUUACUAAAGAUUUACUUAGAGGAAAUAAGAAAAAUCAUGUUUGCUCUCCCGGUUCUUCCAGUGGUUUGAGACACUGCUUUACACUUUAUGCCGGAUGUGCUUUUCUCCAAUAUCAGUGCUCAAGACACAGUGCAGCAAAUUUAAAACAAACAAACAAAAAAAAAAAACAACAAAAAAAAAGACACCAUCCCUGAAUGAUUAGAGAAUCACCGCUAAAAAACUACAUUUAUAAGCUAGGAUUUGUUAUAUGCAAAUAUUUUCUGCCUCUUCUUUUGUUCUGUUUAAAACAAUAAAAUGCAUUUGUAUAAAUAA